AUGAGUUGAGUUGGGUCAGAUAUAAAUUAAAUUUUAAUUAAAUUUGAUCGAUAGAACAAUAAAAUUUAGAAAAUAAUUUAAAAUUUUACAAGAAUGAAAUAUGAAUUUAUGUCCAAAACAUAUCAAAACCAAUUUUGUCCAUAUCAUUACUUUUUGUAAUUCAAAAACCUCUUCACACAUAUUAAUUAUCCAAAUUAUAACAAUCCUAAAAAUUCAAGCUUCUUUAAAUUUUUGUUACUUCUUCCCAAAACGGCAAAACCUGCCUCUUCCCCCUUUUCCUUUAUAUCCAUCUGUCUUUCUUUGUUUUUAUUUCCUAUGUCAAGAAUCAAGAAAACAAGGUACUUAAUUCUUUUUCUCUCUUUGUAUGAUUUUUUUUUUAAUAUAUGGUUUAUAUGCAAAAUUGGAAUGUAUAUGUUCAUAAUUAAGGAAUAAAUAUAUUUGAUUUUUUUUUUGCAGUGUAAGGAAGAUGAGUGAUUUUCAUAAACAUCUAGCUAGUUUAAAGUGUGUUUUGACAUGUGGAAUUUGCAAAAGCUAUGCAAAGAUGUCACAAUUAUUGAAGAAUGUUGUCAUAGAUUUAAGAAAAUUUUAAUCUUUUUUUGGGGUUUAUCUUUUCAUUUGGGUGACGUUAAUAAAUUCUUUGAAUUUGUGAUUCCAUGAUCUUGAUGUUCGGACUGUCAUUGUUACGUUCUAUUUAUUUUCUUUUUUGUUAUUCUCAUCGAAGCGGAGUUAUCCAGAAAACAAUUUUAUCUCUGCGGUCAGUAGGCUUAAACCCUACUUUGUGAGAGUAUGGUGUGUGUUGUUGUUGUAAUUUUUUUGAAUUUUUUAUUUUUAAUUUGAGUGAUUUUGAUAAACCAUUUGUUCUUACAAUGUUUUUUAAAGAUGAAUUUAAACAUAAUUUUUUUGGGGUUCAUUUUAUUUGAGUGAUGUUGAUGAAUCACUGUGCUUGUGAUCUCAUAAUCUUGAAUUUUGUAUUUUGUUAGGUAUGUGUUUCCUUUUUUUUUCUUAUUCUCAUCGAGGCGGAGUUAUCCAAAUAACAUUAUAUCUCUGUAUAUCAUCAAACACAAUUUUGUGAGACAAUGGUGUAUAUAGUUAUAUCUGUUAUUUUUUGUUAAAAAAAUAAAAAUAAAAUUCAGUGAUUUAUAAAUUAUUAGUUCUCGUCAUUUGAGGAUCUUGAAUUUUUAAUUUCAUUUUUUUUGUUCUUAAUUUUUUUUUUUAAAAAUGAUUAAUCGAAAUGUAGUUUUUUGGGGUUUCAUUUUUUAUUUGAGUGAUAUUGAUAAAUCUUUUGUCAUUUGUGUCUGUGAAUUAAUGAUCUUGAUUUUUUUUAAUCGUUCUUUCCAAUGAUUUCCGAUAGAAUUUGUGUCAUUUCAAGGUUUAUGUGGUCUAGGUCUUUUAUACAUGAACUUAGUACAUAUCAUAUUUCUUGAUCAAACAAUUUAUUUAUUUAUAAACAUUCUUGUACGAUUAAUUUGUUUAAAUAUGGUUCAAACACCUUUUUUCCUAUCACUUCUUAUUCUUAAUACAUUACAUGUCAAAAAAAUUUUAUUUUACGUUUUUUUUUUAUGAAAUUUGAUUAAUUUAUGUUAAUUUUUUAACAGUUUGCAAGAAAUGCAUAAUGAGGAAGAUAUCAAAAGAGAAAUGGAAUGUUUGUCCAGAAUGCAAUAUGAAUUUAGGUGUUACCCCCUUGCAGAAAAUCAGGUUUGAUCACCAAAUGCAAAGAAUAAGAGACAUUUUUUCAAAUAAAAGAAGAGAAUUAAUUGAGCUUGGACUAAUAGAAAAGUCUAAAAAAGACGAACCCGAAAAGUUAGCUCAGGAAGAUAUUAAUCUCAAUUAUAGUGCCGAAAUGCUCAUUGAUCCAUCGCCUCCUCCUCCUGCUCCUAUUGUUGUUGCUACCAGCUCAAUGAGAAAGGAGAAAUUAUUUUCUUCCACAGUCAACACUACAACAAUUUUUGAUGAUCAAGUUUUGAAUCACGACAACGUUUCGAGUAGUAAUACUGGAAGAGGAAGGGUGAGAGGAAGAGGAAGAGGAAGAGGAAGAAGAAGAAGAAGAAGAGGAAGUUCAGAAAAUAAUCCUAAUUGAUUCCAAUAAUGGAGAUGCGCAUCCAGGAAGUUCAACCAUUCCUCUUCAUUCGAGCAAUGAUACUCAUUAUAAACGACAGGUACAAUUGAAAUAGACUUUAGUCAUGAUUGUAAUAGUUGUUGUUUUAUGGAAAAAAGAAUUAUUUUUAUUGGGACAAAGUAAAAUGAAAAAUGCAAUUAGGGAACUGAUCAACCAGAAAGUUCAAGCAUUCCUCUUCUUUCAGGCAAAACUAUUCAACAUAUAAAAACAAGAACAAAUUAGUCAUACGCUAAGUUGUUACUUUUAAUAUCGUACUUGACUUGGAUUCUUUUAAAAUACAUUAUACUUUUGAA